UAGUUGGUAGGUAGAAAGAAAGAAAGAAAGAAAGAAAGAAAGAAGGUGUAGAAUAAUAUCUGUGUAUAAAAGUUGUUGUUGAAGACUUAAGGCGUUCAUUUCACGCUUCUUCUGAUUCCAAAGUCCAAACGAAACCAAACACCAAAACGCCAUGGACGCCGCCGUUUCAUGCUCCGGUGUCCUUCCCCAAAUGAACCUCUCCGGCUCCGACCUCUCCCGCUCAGAUCAUAAAUUUCCGAUGGGUAGGUCUUCGUGCUCUUACGCGAGGUCAAUCGGGGCGGUUUCUUGCAAUAAAGGAUUGCGAAUCGUUCCGAAAAAGCUUGAAUUCUUGUGCUCUGCUGCGUCGAGAGAUGAAGAGAGGAAUGAAAUGGUGUUUGGGGCAUCGCAUUGCGAGAAGAAAAGCCCUGUUGGGGAGGCAUUGUGUGUUGCUGCGGGUGUAUGCACUUACGGUGGGACUGCUGUGGAGUCUCAUCACUCCCACAUUGCGGAAGAGAAGGUUGGAGUGCUGCUCCUGAAUCUUGGAGGACCCGAGACGCUUGAUGAUGUUCAGCCGUUUCUGUUUAAUCUAUUCGCUGACCCGGAUAUCAUACGCCUACCUAGGGCGUUUAGGUUUCUUCAGAAGCCACUGGCGAAAUUGAUUUCUGUGCUUCGAGCUCCUAAGAGCAAAGAAGGGUAUGCGUCAAUUGGAGGUGGUUCGCCCUUGCGUAAGAUAACAGAUGAGCAGGCAAAUGCACUGAAAAUGGCUUUGGAAUCAAAGGACAUGCCGGUGAAUGUCUAUGUGGGAAUGCGGUACUGGUACCCGUUCACUGAGGAAGCAGUUCAUCAAAUUAAGAGCGACAGAAUAACCAGGCUUGUUGUCCUGCCUCUAUAUCCUCAAUUCUCUAUCUCUACAACUGGAUCAAGCGUUCGUGUGCUCCAGAAGAUUUUCAGGAACGAUCCAUAUCUAUCAAGGUUGCCUGUUUCAGUUAUAAAUUCAUGGUAUCAACGUGAAGGUUAUAUUAAGUCAAUGGCUGACUUGAUCUCAAAAGAGAUAGAGAGUUUUUCUGAGCCUGCACAGGUCAUGAUAUUCUUCAGUGCCCAUGGGGUACCACUCAGUUAUGUGAAGGACUCUGGAGAUCCAUACAAAGAUCAAAUGGAGGAGUGUAUCUUUCUAAUAAUGAAAGAGUUGAAAGCUAGAGGAAUCAAUAAUGAACAUACUCUUGCCUACCAGAGCCGAGUUGGUCCUGUACAAUGGUUGAAGCCAUACACUGAUGAAGUUCUUGUUGAGCUUGGCCAGAAAGGAGUAAAAAGUCUUCUAGCUGUUCCAGUCAGCUUUGUGAGUGAGCACAUAGAAACUCUUGAAGAGAUAGAUAUGGAGUACAAGGAGUUGGCCCUCGAAUCUGGCAUUGAGAAUUGGGGCCGAGUCCCUGCCCUUGGCCUUACCCCUUCAUUUAUAACAGAUCUGGCAGAUGCAGUUAUAGAGGCUCUACCACUGGCAGCAGCCACUUCAACCCCAAAGACUACCCCAGCAGUUGAUCAUGACCCUAUGAUAUGGGCUAUCAAAAUGUUCUUUGGUUCAUUUCUAGCAUUCAUUUUGUUCUUUUCACCAAAGAUGCUAAUGGCAUUCAGGAACCACCUGAUUUGAGGGAAAUAUUGCAAUAGCUUACUACCACAUGUCAUAGAAGCUGCUCCUACAGAUUACAAUAGGUGAAACACCCUAAGGAAUACCGCUUCCUUUUUCAGUUAACCGGUUGACCCUCAUACACGGUACAAGAUUGCAGUUCAAGAAAGAGAAGUUUUGUAUUUAGGCCUUCUUUCGGAAAUGUGUCUUUUUAAAAUAAUUUUAAACUGAUUUUAGUAGGGACGGUGCUUGACAAAUAUUGAGCCUGGUUUUGUGGAAAAUCACUAGCUUCAUGCGCUGGGUCUCCGAAAAUCAUACGUGUAUACAGUCCUUGCUAUAUCUAUAUGAUUUUCUAUAGAUGUGUAAUUGGCAUUCUAUGAUGCAGGAAAGUUCUAAGAAUGAAUAGAACACUGUGAAAAGCAAAUAUAUCCAUAUUCCAUACA